UGCAGUCCUACUUCCACCUCUGCCAACGACAACCACUUCAAAUUUUUUAUCUAGGUUAUGUUAAGCGUUAAGGUUAUUUUUGGAUAAUAAUAACUUCUUACUUAUUUUAUUGAGUCGUUGGUUAGGUUGAGAGUUUGAUCAUUGUUUGAUACUUUGGAACUUUGGUUUAGCUUUUAGCUUGGUUGAAGUGAAGACCGUCACCGUCACUUUAGCACUUUACUAAUCACUAUGGUUAUUGUUUAGCUACCGCUUUGUCGUUGCCAUUAAAAUUAGGUUGAAAUUGUUGAUUAAGCAUAACAUUUAUUUAAUUUCAUCGAAGAAACUGAGAUGUCAUUGGUAUUCCUUCUCAAGAGUAAAACACUUCUACCCAGUUGGCGGAUGUGAAUCAAGAAAGCAAUGGACAGUUCACAAGACCAGCCAUUGUACUCCAGCUUUGCUGACGUGAUUGGCAUCGUAUUUAAUAAUUGGACGGCCAUCAAGUUGGCUGUGGAGCACGGAAUGGGCGGCCCCCCUGCUGUAACUCAGCACAAAUUGACGGGCAUAAUUGAUUCAGUUGCACAGACGAUCACUUCUAACAAUGUAGACUGGUAUGAUGUCUCUGACCUCUUGGCAGAUGCGAUGGAUACAGAAUUUUCCACAAUUUUAGAAGACGACUCCAACGAUGAAGUAGCCAAUCAUUUGUGCCAACUUUACCAGAUGUAUCAGACUGGAGAUCAUCCGAGUCUUCAGGCGGCAUUGUCCUCGCUGCCGUGCAGAACACCAAUUAACACAGUUCUCCUCAACUCGGUUACCCACUCGGUGCCAAUGGAGUCAUCAUCAUCAUCGGAUGAAGAAGCACCAGCUGAAGAUGAUGGUUGGACGGUUGUCAAGAGAAAAUAAUAAUUAAACUUUUCUACAAAUUGUUUAUAAUGGCUACCAGAAGACAAGUGAACUGCUCUCAACUUUGUAUCGAAGGUCAAGGUAAAAUGAUUUGUUUCAGUAAGUGAAUUGUUUUGUUCUUAACACUAUGAACAGCUGUACAGAUUUUUUCAUGUUUUUGAAACAGUUUUAUUACUUAUUAGAAUAAAUAAGUUUUAAAAUCAAGUGUAUGGUAUGUUUUUAAAUAUUUAAUAAUGAAUAUAAUAAAACAUUGUAAUAUUUGA